CGAUCUGUCUGCGCCUGGCCUCGGGGGGGAAACCAUGGCGCCCAACGAAGAGGACAGCGCCGCCGGCAACGGGUCGAUGGAAGAGAAGGAGAAUGGCAAGAAGGUGCUUCGGCCUCGCAGCUCGGUGACCACAGCCUGGCUGAUCUUCUACAACAUCACCAUGACGGCCGGGUGGCUUGUACUGGCUAUUGCCAUGGCCCGAUUCUAUAUGGACAAAGGGACAUACAAAGGCUUAUAUAAAAGCAUUCAAAAGACACUUAAAUUUUUCCAGACUUUUGCUUUGCUUGAGAUAAUCCACUGUGCGGUUGGAGUAGUGCACACUUCUGUGCUCGUGACGGGGGUCCAAGUGAGUUCCAGAAUCUUCAUGGUAUGGUUUGUUACACAUAGUAUAAAACAGAUCCAGAAUGAGGAGAGUGUUAUUCUUUUUCUGGUUGUUUGGACUGUGACUGAGAUUACUCGAUAUUCCUUCUACACAUUCAAUAUGCUCAACCAUUUGCCAUACUUCAUAAAAUGGGCCAGGUACAAUUUUUUCAUCAUUCUAUAUCCAGUAGGAGUUGUUGGUGAGCUUCUAACAAUUUAUGCAGCGUUACCAUAUGUGAAGAGAUCAGGCAUGUUUUCAGUGAGACUUCCCAACAAAUAUAAUGUGUCUUUUGACUACUAUUAUUUUCUGCUCAUCGUCAUGGCCUCUUAUAUACCAUUGUUUCCACAACUGUACUUUCACAUGCUACGUCAAAGAAGGAAAGUGCUUCAUGGUGAAGUGAUUGUAGAAAAGGACGAUUAAAACAAACUUUGUAAUCAUGGUGCUUUUUCAGAGUAACAAUCAAAUCCUUCAUGUUGUCAAGUCUGAUUUGGAAAUUAUGGGACAAAAUAAAACAACACAGAUCAUGAUAUGUUCUAACAUAAAUACACCCAAAGGCUUAAAUGAAAUUUUAGUCUUAUUUUUCAGGCUGUUUAAUAUACUUUUGGUCACACAUCUUAGCAGAAGUUGAAUAGAUUGGAAUUUGUUUUUAAGAAAUUCCCAUUCAUAAUUUUAAAUCAUACUUGAUUAUUGAAUUGAGAUUAUUGCACUAGCCUAUUUGGAUAAGUUUUACUUAGGAAAUGCAAGUCCUGAUUAUGGUAACAAAAUCUUUUUACCUAUCCUUGAAGGUAAAGGCAGCUUUGAGUCAAGGUCAAUUAGAAAUGACAACCUGGAACAAAACUGUAUUGUUUUUGUGGCAGUACUAUGGAAACAGUUUACCAUUGCCUUUUUUAGGAUGUUUUUUCUCCCAAGGGUAAGCUACAAUCUUGCUUUCCUUGGUGAUUACACAUCCACAUGCUAAUCAGGAAUAAGCUUAGUUAACUUUUAAAACUGGCCUACUGAGCGGCAUUUGAAAGUAGUUGGAAGACGCUUGUGACAGCCUCUUUCUAUGUUAUAAGAUGAUACUUAAGAGGAGGCCCCUAAGUAAUGAAAAUAGUUUUCUUUGUUAACAACAUUGCAUUAAUAAAUUUUCAUUUCAUGCUUAGUUUUUAACCAAUUUUAAACUUAACAUUCAUUAAAAUUAUUUACAUUGAAUAUAAACAAUUUUUAAAAUCAUCACCCUGCCAUAAUUACAAGUGUAAAUAAAUAAUUGAAAGUAGAACUAGAAGAGAAAAUAGAAAUAGAAAUAAACAAUAGAAAUUAGUCUUAAAUAUAGAAUAAUUCAUAACUGGAAGCAGUUGACAAGCAGAUAAAUGCAAUAUCUCUGCAAAUCCAACCUGCUAAAUUCCAGAAUAAUUUUUAAAAGGAACAUUUAAGAAAUAAUUUUUAAAUAACUGUUAAAAAAGCAGUAAUUUUGUUUGCAUUAAAAAUUGUAUAAAAAAAUGUGUGAAAAUAUUAUUACCCACUAGUUAUGUAAGGGAAAACCAUGGAAAACUUUGUCAAUUUUUGGUUAGCAUGGUGAUGUUUAAAGGUUCUUAAUUAUUUUAACCCUUCUGGUUAAACAACAGAGCAAUGUUGCAGAGCAAGUUUCAUAGAAGCAAACAAAGGCUAGUAAAACUUUAGCUUCAAUUCCAGAAAAGUAACCUUGGAGCACAUGGGAGUUUGACUGCCACCGCUGUCUGCAACUCUUUUAAAGCAGCUAUAUCUUUCCCAAGAUUUUAGAUACAGCCACAUCUGGUCCCAUGCUAGGACCUAGUGUUCAUUUUAAAGAGUUGCAAACAAAUACCUAUUUCCAUAGGUUUCAGAAUUUACUUUUCACAAUUAUUUCCAAAAUGAAACACUG